GUCUCGUGCAGGUUGUUGAGUUACGAGUCAGUUCUCGGGCUAACAUACGAAGGCCGGAAACGCCGAACGCGAGCUCCUCACGUUCCUCUACGAAGGUCGUGGAGUGAUGGUGCAUCACCAUUUACGGGGAAUUACAGAUUUUUCUUCCGGAACGUUCGUUUGCAAGGCCCUUACUCAUCGAAAUCAUUAUCCACGCCUACGCUUUUUACCUAUAACUCGGAUCCGUAACUGGCGUUUUUUUCGAGGUCAAUUUAAUGCAAGCAAGUUGGGCAAGAAGACCUCUUGAAUAUUCAGAAGCGGGUUAAGCCUCAGUCCGCCGCAGCAUUGCGGCGCGCCUAUGAAUCGCUGGAUCCCAGGAAAUAGCGUCUAAUUAAGAAGCACAGAAAGGAGAAACCCAAUCAGCAUGGGCCAAAUUGAGGCACCAUUGCCGGGAGAUGUGGCGCGGGGACUGCCACGCCCGGACGCAGAGGACACGGAGACGACAUUAGAGUCGGCGGGGAUGGACCUCGAGAAAGGGAUCGGGGAAGAUGCGAGACCGACGUCGACUGACAAUAGCGAUCCGGAUGCGAGAACAGAGGAAGGCCAACCGCCGGCAUCACGGCAACGGACGGCCGAAGAUGAUGACGGGGGACCGGGGAGCGGCGGCGACGGCGGUGGCGUGACCUCCGGAGUUCUGUCCCGCGUCCUCACCAAGGCCAGCACCAAAUCCAGCUGGAACCCCGGCCCGCCACCGGACGGCGGGCUGCAGGCCUGGAUGGCGGUGGCGUGCACCCACCUGGUGGUCAUGAACACCUGGGGCGUCAUCAACUCGUUCGGCCUCUUCCAGACAUACUACACGACCGCGCUGGGCCGGCCGCCCUCGGACAUCUCGUGGAUCGGCUCGCUGCAGAUCUUCCUCCUCUUCUUCGUCGGCGCCCUGACCGGCCGCCUCACCGACGCCGGCUACUUCCGCCACGUCUUCGUCCUAGGCGUCUCCUUCCAGCUCGUCGGCAUCUUCACCGCCUCGGCCGCCUCCAGCUACUGGCAGGUCCUCCUCGCCCAGGGCAUCUGCAUGGGCCUGGGGAACGGCUGCCUCUUCUGCCCCUGCGUCUCCACCCUGUCGACCUACUUCAACAAGAAGCGGGCGCUCGCCAUCGCCCUCGGCGCCUGCGGCAGCGCCACCGGCGGCCUCGUCUUCCCCGGCAUGGUCCGGCAGCUGCUGCCCACCCAGGGCUUCCCCGCGGCCAUGCGCGCCAUCGGCUACGUCCAGCUGGCCACCUUCGCCGUCGCCUUGGUCGGGCUGAAGCAGAGGAUCCCGCCGAGGAAGAGCGGGCCGCUGGUGGAAUGGAAGGCCUUUUGCGAGGGAGAGUAUACGCUCUACGCGGCAGGGAGUUUCUCUUUCUUCCUGGGACUGUACUUUGCCUUCUACUACAUCGCCUCGUUCAGCAGGGAUAUCAUCGGCCUGGACUACACCAGCAGCCUCAACGUGCUGUUGCUCAUGAACGGCAUCGGCAUCCCCGGCCGCGUGAUCCCGAACCACAUUGGAGACCGGGUCGGGACCAUCAAUGUUCUCGUCCCACGGCGGGCCUGGCCAGCGUCCACCGCCGGCCUGUACGUGUGGUGCGCCUUUUACGGCAUCGUGGCGGGAGGCAUCCAGAGCCUGUUCCCCGCCGGCCUGAGCAGUCUCACCACCGACGUGCGCAAGGCCGGCGUCAGGAUGGGCAUGAUCUUCACCAUUGUCAGCUUUGCGACCCUAGCCGGACCACCGAUCGCCGGCGCCAUCAUCACCGCGUCCGGCGGCAAGUAUUACGGCGCCCAGGCCUUUGCGGGGUCGACCCUGAUGCUGUCAAUGGCUCUGAUGGCUGCGGCUAGGACCGUCAAGGUGAGGCGAUUGAUGCGGGCGGGGCAUGGAUCCGGCUCGGCGUGGAAGAUGAAAGUAUGA